GGUUUAAGAGUUGCAAGAUGCAGGAGAGAAGCAGUGAGCAAGAUGCACCUCUGUCUUUAAUUAUGAAGGAUGCUUAUUCUGCAGAGGAAAGCAAUCAUGCAAACAACCGUGAAAACCUGUAUGAAGAUUCCUCUUCUUUUGAUCUUUUUUAUGAUUCCCUCUCAGACAUAGAGGGUGGGGGGCUUUCACAUGAGCUGUCUGCCUUUCUCAGUGAAGAGGAGAUAUGCAAAAGCCUUGAACUCGCCCAGGAGUCUAUUACAGAUUCUGUAGAGGAUGGGAAGGCAAAGCAGGAAUUCACAUAUUACUUCAACACCUCUUCUCCAAACUCACCAGAGGAGAUCAAAGUGUAUGAUCCAGAUGCCUCCAAGAGGAAUCAGGUGACAAGUCCAAACUCUCUGCUGAUUGCAUCUCAAACUCUCCCAGAGCAGAAGAAACAGAAUGCACAUUCUCAAGAAGCAGACAAUAUUUGCAGUGUUACUGGGAAACAGUCCAGCGUAUCACCCCUGCUGCCUGCAAGGCCCAGCUUUAUUCGGAGUCUCAAAAAUGCUGAAAGAUGUGGUCCAAGUGUGCAAAAGAUGAACCAGAAGUCCAAAUCUUCUUCCAACAGUGAAUCUCCCUUCAAGAACAAGCUGUCUGACAAAGCUGCCACUUUGAUAGAAGAACUCUCUUCCAUAUUUAGAGAAGCAGCCAAGACAAGAGUUAGGAGCCCAGAUGGAAACUCUUCUUCCCCAGACAGCGGAUACCUAUCUCCCAAAAACAAACGAUCAGCCAUGUCAAGUUCCUUAAUGAAUUCAAUCCCUGACAAAACAUGUCAAGAGGCCAUAGCUGAGAAUGAGUUACUCAAAGUCAAUCACAAUGGGGAAUCAGUGCUCCACAGGAAGGACAGUUCUCAGGCCAAUGAAAAUGCCUCCCUGAACCAUCUCUCAAAGGAAAGACACAAUCAACUGUCAGCCCCUCGAUUUACCUUAAAACUCAAAAGUCUGGAAGUUGCUGAAGGAAGUAAGGUGCUACUAGAAUGUAGAGUUACUGGAAACCCAACACCUCAUGUCAGGUGGUUCUGUGAAGGCAAAGAGCUAAAAAAUUCUCCUGAUAUCCAGAUCUGUUGUGAAAACGGAGGACUCCACCAACUAAUUAUAACUGAAGCCUUUGAGGACGACACAGGGCGCUACUGUUGUCUGGCCUCAAACUCUGUUGGAUCUGAUUCUACAUCUGCAGAAGUUUUUGUUGAAGGUACCAGUUCCUCUGAUUCGGACAGUGAAAUUUUCAAAGUAAACUCUGGAGCCAUGCCACAGGUCCAGAAGAAAAGCACGUCUGUUUCUUUAACAAUAGGAUCUUCUGCUCCAAAGGCUGGGGUCACUACAGCAGUAAUCCAACCUAUCUCUGUCCCUAAUCAACAAGUCCAAAGUCCUACUUCAUACCUCUACAGAUCAGAUGGAUCUAAACCCAGUCAUGCUGUGCCUAUUUUUACAAAGGAGCUGCAAAACUCGACGGCAACGGAAGGACAAGUAGUGGUGUUGGAGUGCAGAGUGAAGGGACCGCCUCCGUUGCAAGUCAGUUGGUUUCGGCAAGGCACUGAAAUUCAGGAUUCCCCAGACUUCAGAAUUCUUCAAAAAAAGCCUCGAUCUGCAGUUGAACCUGAGGAGAUAUGUACUCUGGUAAUUGCAGAGACCUUUCCUGAAGAUGCAGGAACCUUCAUGUGUACAGCAAGAAAUGAUUAUGGAUCAGUGACAAGCAGUGCAAAACUGACCGUGCUAUCAGCUGAUUCUGAAAACUCCAUGCCUAAUUUGUCAGUGAGGGAACAGAACCAUGACGACUUCCACCAUUUCCCACCUCCACCUCCAAGUCUCGAGAUUAGUGCUGUUGAGCUUUCGCCAAAGAAGCACCCCGAGAGCCACCAGAUGAACAAUGCUGAAUUCAGACCAAGCGUAGCAGCCCUUCAACUCCAGCUCAGUGCAGCUGACAAGAAAACCAAUGGGGUCCAUCCCAGUCAUGGAGUUAAUGGGGUGUUUAAUGGCAAUGCCAAACCUGAUGUAUCUGCUCCUCAUCCAAGUGGCCUCCUUUCACCCACAAAAACACCACCACCUGUGCUUGCCAAGCCAAAACUAGACCCCUUGAGACUUCAGCAGUUGCAGAACCAAAUCCGUCUAGAGAAAGAAGCUAGUCAGUGUUCUCAUCAGCAGCAAGGUUUCUACCAGAGCCUGCCCUCAUCACCGUCUUUCCCCCCUCCGCCUUCAUUCCAAGAACUGGAAUCCAGCCACUCCAUUGUUCCUCCUGUGCAAAUGAGCAUUCUCAACUCUCAUUCUGCUCCCACCAUGCAGUCCUCCAGCUCCUUCAACUACGCCCGUCCUAAGCAGUUCAUUGCUGCCCAGAACAUCAGCCCUGCUUCAAGCUACAUGACUCCUUCAUCUGGAUCUUCCACCUCCAGCCUCCCAUCGCCAAUGUCUCCCACUUCUUCUCAGAAACAAUUUGGCAGAACAUCCAUUCCCCCUUUCUCUCAGCCAUUUGUUCCAGAAGGGGAAUAUCCCUGGUCUACUUCUUCCCCUUCACCACCACCGCCACCUCCCCCUGUUUUCAGUCCAACCACCACCUUUUCAGUGGCCGAUUCCUUCCCACUGCCACCACCUCCUCCGCCUCCUCUCCCAACCUCUGUCCCAUCACCCUCUCGAAGUCUUUCUCCCACGUCUAGAUUUUCCAACUCCAGCCAAUCUCCAGCAGCUUUCCUUAGUUCCAUGCUACCAUCUCAGCCUCCUCCUGUUGCGGUCAAUGCACUCGGACUUCCGAAAGGUGUCACACCUCCGGGCUUUCCAAAGAAAACAGGCAGAACAGCUCGGAUUGCAUCCGAUGAAGAAAUUCAGGGCACAAAAGAUGCAGUUAUCCAGGAUUUGGAAAGAAAGCUUCGCUUCAAGGAAGACCUGUUGAACAAUGGCCAACCAAAGUUAACAUAUGAGGAGAAAAUGGCACGUCGACUGCUCGGGGCUGACAGCGCUGCAACCGUCUUCAGUAUUCAGGAGCCAGAAGAAGAUGCGGCAAUACAGGAAAUUGGCUCUCUUGAUGCUUCUGUACUGACUCCUGUGGAUGUUCAAAAGGAAUACAAAGUCUCCAGCUUUGAGCAGAGGUUGAUCGGUGAGAUCGAGUUUCGGCUGGAGAGGACUCCUGUAGAAGAGUCAGAUGACGAAGUGGAGCACGGAGGAGAGCCCCUUGAUGAUUCUGUGGCACCAUAUUUUGAGAUAAAGCUGAAACAUUACAAAAUAUUUGAAGGAAUGCCUGUCACAUUUAUCUGCAGAGUUUCUGGAAAUCCAAACCCAAAGAUUUAUUGGUUCAAAGAUGGGAAGCAGAUCUCUAAAAGGAGUGAACACUACAGGAUGCAGAGAGAACCUGAUGGGACCUGCUCUCUCCACACCACAGCCUCCACCCUGGAUGACGAUGGGAAUUAUACUAUCAUGGCUGCCAACCCACAGGGCAGGGUAAGCUGUACAGGAAGGCUGAUGGUCCAAGCUGUCAACCAGAGAGGACGUAGUCCCCGGACACCACCGAACCAGCCUCAUGUUAGAAGACCUCGGUCUCGAUCAAGAGACAGCGGAGAUGAAAAUGAACCAAUCCAGGAACGCUUCUUCCGACCUCAUUUCCUGCAGGCCCCAGGAGACUUGAUAGUUCAAGAAGGAAAACUUUGCAGAAUGGACUGCAAGGUCAGUGGCUUACCAACUCCAGAUAUAAGCUGGCAAGUCAAUGGAAGAGUAAUACGUUCUGAUAGUUCCCACAAAAUGCUGGUUCGUGAAAACGGUGUGCACUCCCUCAUCAUCGAACCUGUCACAGCAAGGGAUGCUGGCAUCUACACGUGUGUUGCCACCAACCGAGCUGGUCAGAACACGUUCAGCUUGGAACUGAUUGUUGCAGCUAAGGAAGCACACAAGCCACCUGUAUUUGUAGAGAAGCUACAAAACACCGGAGUAGCUGAGGGGUAUCCUGUGCGACUGGAAUGCCGAGUUUUAGGUGUGCCACACCCUCAGAUUUUCUGGAAGAAAGAGAACGAGUCACUCACAUACAAUACUGACAGAGUGAGCAUGCACCAGGAUAACCAUGGUUACAUUUGCCUGCUUGUUCAGGGAGCUACAAAAGAUGAUGCUGGUUGGUACACUGUGUCAGCUAAGAAUGAGGCUGGGAUUGUGUCCUGCACAGCGAGGCUGGAUGUCUAUACUCAAUGGCAACAACAGUCCCAGAUCACCAAGCCAAAGAAGGUGCGUCCCUCAGCUAGUCGAUAUGCAGCACUUUCUGACCAAGGACUAGACAUCAAAGCAGCUUUUCAGCCAGAAGCAAACCCAGUUCAUCUGACAAUGCAGUCUGGAUUGGUAGAAAGUGAUGAUCUGUAAACCUGAGCUGUCAGGUCUACCAAUUUCUUUCAAAGUGAAACACUGAAAGCCAUUGUCUUGACCAAUGAUAAUUUAUGCCACUUUAUGUGAAAGGCAGACACCUUUAAGUGCAAAUGAUAGAGAACACCGCAGCAACAUCUUUCUUGCUUGAUGUACCAAAUUGGAGUAGGUAGCAAUCAAAUAGAUGUGUACAGUCCAUACACGCACACGUGCACACACACACACACACUCCACCUUCACAGACAUUUUUUAAACUACUAUUUUGAAUAAUCCUAUUCACAACUGCUGAAGUGAAUGAGAUUUCUCAAAAGCGCAUAAACUGUAGACCUUUUCACAAAGUGCCUUUUAUGAUUUGUAGGUGCUAUAAACAUAUGAAUACUCUUUGGGCUACAACACAACUACAAGUGUAUCAGCAAUGUUUUCUGAUGUGCAAUACUGAAAUGAUAAAACAAAAUGGAAAGGGAGGAAGAAAGAUCUAAAUGAAAUUCUAAUAUCUGCACAAAGCUUUCUGUUCUCAAAGUAGAAAGAAAUUACUUGCCUUAAAAGUUCUUAAUAUGAGCAAAGAAGCUUCACACCAGAUGGCUUAAUUUGACUUCAGCGAACAGAUGAAUUAGUUAUAAAUGGACUGCCAGGCUAAUUCAAUAAUAAAAUAUAGACCUUAUGAUGGAAUUGUUUUACAGUGUUACAUUUGUUAAAGUGGAAUAGGGCAAAAAGCUAGACUUGUCUUAGAGGAUGAAAACGUUGUACAUGUCUCUGAAAUUCCAUGGUUAUCUGAAGGCAAGGCUUUUUUUUAUGCUAGACAGUUGAUUGACCAGGGUCUGUGUGACACAGAAGAGGACAAUUAGAGGUGUAACAGUAAGUGAGGGAAAGGAAUGUCUGCAAUAAGAGGUUAAAUGAUAAGCACGCACCAUAGAAAAUAAUUAGUAGAGAUGGGAGAAAGUGGAAUGCAGAACGAUGGUAAUCAAAAUGGUGUUACAUUUGAAACACUGCAUGUGUGGUGUACUAGAUGUUAUGUUUUUGUGUUCUUGUCAACUGUGGCAAGGCACAACAACCCUGCCUAUGGCUAGAUCCUUGUGAAGAAGGCAAAAUGGUUGAACUCCCAGACUGCAGACUAAUUCUGCAUCUAACUGAGCUAUUGCAUUAGGCAAUUUGGAUUCAAAAAUCCAAGAUGACUUCAAUUGGGUCUGUUGGGGAGAAAGGUUUUGAUGGUACAAGAGUAUGUUACUACAAAAGGAAAACACUGUAUUCCUUUAUAUGAAGCACAUUUAUAGUACUUUAUUUAUAAUAAAAAUGUUGAAAUCUUUUAUCUCAACUCAGUUAUUCAAGUGCAGUACUUUUUUUAAAAAAGUUUUGUAUUAUGUACCACAUCAUAUAUUUUGCAUUACUGCUAUACAUGUAUUGCUUUGCACCUCAUUGUUUAAGUACACAAACCAGGUUUUUAGCAGCUAACAAGUUUAACACAGGAGGUAGUUACUAUUCUGUACAAAUUGAUGCAAGUGCUUUAUGACUGCACUUACAAGCCUUUUUUCAAUAUUCAUACUGUCAUAUACUGUUUGUCAUAUGGAAGGUUCUGCUGUCAUCUCCUAGUUAAGUACGUCAUACCAUCUACUUACCAAUUCUUCUCAAAUGUGACUUGCUAAUCUACUAUUUGUUUAGCUUCACUAGUAGCAUUUUGCUUCUUUUUUUGUAUUUAUAAAAAAAUAUACAAUCAUUAUUACUUUGGAUUGUUGUGCUGAUAUCAUGUGGGUUUAACAUCAAUAAAUAUUACACAAAUCAAUAA